AUGAAACGCACAUUGAUCCAUCCGUGGCGCAAGAAGGUUCAGGAUGUGGCGACGGUGCGGUUGGGACCGCUUGCGAAUUCACCUACGCGGUCGACUGCUACUGUGGCGAAUUUUGUCCAUGAUAAUGCUCUAUCUAUCGCGAAAGGAUUGCCUCGGAAACGAAAGCUACAGCAACAAAAGUCAUUCCCGGACCCUUCGCUAUACACAGCGCCCCGACGCGUACGCCGAAAUGAUCUCGUGCCUGUAAUUCAGCCGGAGAAAGUGAAAUACGACCGCUGGUUCAUUCAACCGCGUGCCGCGUGGAAAGUGCGGUGGGAUCUCUGGAUCGGGUUUAUCAUUGCCUACAGUGUCAUCCUUAUACCAUAUCGGAUUGGGUUUGGCAUCGACCUAUCUGGGUGGGAGCAGAUAAUGAACUACUGUUUUGAUAGCAGCUUCGCCGUCGACGUGAUCCUCAACUUUUUUACAGGAUACUAUGACGAAGACGUGUUGGUGUGCGAGCUUCGGAGAAUUCGUCAACGAUACCUUCGCAGUUGGUUUAUCUUCGAUAUCGCCUCCACUGUCCCUCUAGACCAGUUUUUACAAGUGGUCACCAACGCGUCAUCCUCUCUACUGACGCUCAAGCUUAUCCGCGUAUUCAGGUUAUUUCGCCUGCUGAAGCUCAUGCGGUUGUUGCGGCUCAAGCGCGCGAUGGAAGCUGUGCAAGUGGACGCACUCAACGCGCAUGUGCUCCAAACCCUCAAGAGUUUGCUCACUAUUAUUUUCAUCAUCCAUCUCGUGGCCUGCGGAUGGUAUAUGUUCUACACAUGGGAUCCAACGGGCCCGAAUUGGGUCACCAAUAUCGAAGCAAAGGGCUUCAAAAGCCCGUACCUUGUAAGUUUCUACUGGGUAUCGAAUACCAUGAUGUCCGUGGGAUACGGUGAGAUUUAUGGGAUCACUGAUGGGGAGCGGCUGUACUCGAUCUUCGUGGCGUGUCUCGGCUCAAUUUGCGUUGGUAUGAUCAUCGCAAACAUUCAAAUGCUUACGGAAAACUAUAACCCACGAGGCAUCAUGCUGAAACAGAAGCUGCAAGACACCAAGGAGUUCCUGAUCCAGCGUGGCAUUCCACGACGUCUCCGUCAGCGAGUUAUCUCACAGUUUGAAUUUCACUGGAGUCACCGCACAGUAUUCGAUGAAGACUAUUUACUACAGCAGUUCCCCAAAAGCCUCCAGUACGAAAUCCUUGCUGCGUCAAUGGAAUCGUUCGUGAAAAAGUUUCCUUUCUUCGGUAUGACUUCUGUGGAAUUUUUCGUGUUCGCAAUACCGCGACUGAGGCCAAUAGUUCUUGGCCCCGGACAAGUACUUGUGGAUGCUGAAAGCGUUUGGGAGGAGCUCUAUUUCCUCACAUCUGGCUCGGUGGAGACCGUGCAGUCCAACCUUGUGGUAGGGUCUCUCUCGCCUGGUGAAAUUUGUGGCAUUGAGUAUCUUGUGAACUCUCGUCGACGGUACACGCACACCUACCGCUCGAUAUCAAAAACCGAGCUCUAUGCGAUGUACAGCAAGGAUCUCCUCGAAGCGAUUGAUAAGUGCCCCGUAGCUCACAAGUAUCUUGAGGAUUUAGCAGUGAUCUUGGGUGAGAGAUAUGAGGAGUCUGCGAGGAGAGGAAGGCGAGCCAUGCAACGGAUGAGGUCGAUUCGGGCGGUUCGACGCGAGUCAUUUACGAGAGGGGAACCAUUUCUCCACAAACGGCAUCGCAAAUCGAUUUCUUCGAUAAACCUCCACACGAUGGCACCCGACUUGAUAACUCGAAUGGACAUGACCGUUGCAGGCGACGAAGUGGUGACGCACUGGUCCGUUAUUCGCCACUACUCCAAGCUGCGAAUCUCGUGGGACAUCGUAAUGGGCUUCAUGGUCUCCAUCACUGCCGUCACUGUGCCGUUUCGAAUAGCCUUCGAUGUGCAGGAUGUCCUGGUAUUCUACGCCACGGAUCGCAUUUCCGACGUAUUGUUUGUGUUGGACGUGGUUCUAAGUUUUUGCACCACGUACGUCGACGAUACAGGGGUGGAGAUCGUUGAUCGGAAGGAAAUCCGUCGCCACUAUCUGAAGACGACUUUUUUCGUCGACAUCAUGGCUACGAUCCCGUUUGACUUCGUUGUUGAGGCGGUUGCAGCGGGUAAUGUAUUCAAGUCCUUACGACUUAUCCGCACCCUCAAGCUCAUCAAGUUGCUGCGUCUAAUGCGCCUUUCGAAGCUGCUCAAAAUGAAUUCGCAAUGGAUGGCAGAGUUCGAUAUCAACGUCGACACAGUCCGACUUCUCAAGCUUCUAGCCCCAGUGAUGAUUAUUGCCCACUACGUCGGCUGCUUCUGGUUCUACAUGUCGGCCGAUCGGGAUGCAGAUGAUGCGUGGUGGGGCAACUUAUACUUUGAGGACCCAGACUCGAUCCUGUCCAAGUACAUUGCCAGCAUUUACUGGGCUAUCACAACUAUGACCACCGUCGGAUUUGGAGAUAUUGUUCCUGUGAACGACCUCGAAAAGGCCUACUGCAUUUUGGUUCUUAUCGGUGGCACCACAUUGUUUGCGUACGUGGUCGGUACUGUCAUUGAAGUGGCAAGCAACUCGAAAAGUCUGAUGAACCGAGAGCACGAAAUGGUCCAGCGUGUCAAUGCCUAUAUCAAAGAACGUGGCGUCUCGACCGAGUUCAUUGUGGCCUGCCAGGAGCAUUUGCGAUUCGUCGAUAGUGAAAAGACGUUCUUUGCAGAGAAUUCAUUGCUGGAUGCUCUCAGUUAUUCUCUACGCAGUGAGCUUACUCUCAUUCUCAAUGGUGGCGUGGUAUCAAAGAUCCGCUUCUUUGAUAAAAAGCCCAAGUGGUUCCUCACGCUCAUGCUGCCUCGACUCGUGCCACAAUUCUUUCUGGAAGGGGACAUCCUGAUUUACCAAGACAACCCCGUCAGUGGCAUCUUUUUCUUGAUGAACGGAGCUGUUAUCGCGAAGACACGCCAUUUCGCUCCGGUGCCGAAUGCUCACGCAACAAUGACGAGCGGUAGAAGUCAGUCAUCUGGGGGCGACCAUGUCAUCGCAGACCACCAGGGUACCAUUGCUAAGAUUUACGAAGGAGAGUUCUUCGGCUACAAGGAAACUCUGACAGAGACAGUGGCACAGUACAACUUGUUCGCUAUGCGAGCAACAGGGACGUAUUUGCUGCCGCGUGAAUGUCUCGAUGAGUUUGAAGCUCAAUAUCCCCGAGUAAUGGAUGAGAUCCGGUCACUGAUAAUUCAAUCGAUCACGCGACAGCAGAAGGUCGUCUCAGGUUGGCAAAACAACGACGCCAUCGGGCUAACAUCCGUCGAUCGCGAGCGCGUAGCCGAGCUGAACAUCACCCGUCGUGGGGGUGAUCACGACACUAUUCGAGCAAGUGUAAGCGGAAUAUCCAUGCUCCACCGAAGACACUCUUCCUUUGUGUCGUCCACUGGAUUGGGUCUUGGCCUUAUGGCUCAGAGCGUUGCAGCAGAGGUAGCUGCUCACGCGUUUCGCGCUGGUCGAAGAUCGAGCAUAUCGUUGCGAGAUGUUAAUGGCCAACGCCGGCCCUCGGAGCGUUAUUUGGCCAUGCGGAAGACCGACGUCACAGCGCUUGUUGAUGAGCUGCUGAGCGGGGAUGGAUUCCAGAUCCAGCGCACGGGCUCUGGGCGAACGCAAAAACCAACCGUCACGAACUAA